AUGGAACUUCAAUUCAUUGAAAAAUCUGUAAAAAAUAUUACAGUCCUUCAAAAACGCAAAAUUAUCAAGUAUGUUUCGAUUCCUGAGGGAGUUCAGGAAGAUCAACAGGUAUGGUAUAUUCCAAUUACCCAGGAGGUUUUUACAGAAUAUGACGACUAUCUUUCAAGAAUGGACUUUUACAAUGAAAAAAUAUUUAUGUGUGAAAUAACGGGGCAUACAAAUAUGACAUAUUUUCAAGCAUACCAAUCUGAGCUUGUGCAUUCACAGGAUGUUGAAAAAACUUUCCCAGAAUCACUCAAAGAACCAGUACUAAGAAAAAUACAACUUUCAUUAACUACAAGAAUAGAUUAUUUAGUGGAUGAGAUAUAUGAUCAAUUUAAGAAAGAUUAUUAUCCUGGCGAGUCCUUAAUAUGCACUAUUGCUGGUGAAAAAUGGGAAGUACAGGUUAGAGAAAAAACAAAAUUUAAUGAAAUCAUAUCACCCAAUGGAGUAUUUCGUCCAGCACAUACCAAAUAUCUUGUAGAAAUGCCGGAAAAAUAUAAAAAGGAAGAUUCAAAGGAAGAAGUUGUCGAUGAAAAGAUCUUAAAUAGAGAACGAGGGUCUUUUACAAAAGCAAUCCUGCGCGCUUUUAUAAAGAAUGUUGUCAAAAAAGAAUCAUGGACAGGUGCACCAUGGAUCAUUAAAGAAGAAUAUGCAAAAAAAUUUAAAAUCGAAACAAUAUCUCCAAAACUUAGGAAAGAAGAAAUUGAAAGACAAUUACAUAAAAAGAAAAUGGAGAUAGAAGGAAUGUCAGGAAAACACAAUAAAAACUAUCCAUUAAAAUAUCCGAUUGAAGACUUAGACCUUGCGCCUACAUUAAAUGUUCCUCAUAGACCUGGACUUAUAUUUGAAACAUUAGUUAGUAAAAAUUCAAUAUCUGCAUUAUUAGAAACAUGGACAUUUUUAAACGUUUUUUGCGAACCUUUAAUUUUAGACUCAUUUACAUUAGAUGAUUAUAUUGAUUCCCUACAUUAUACCCUACUUAAUCCUCCUUGCGAACUGAUAAAUGAAACCCAUUGUUCUUUAUUAAAAUCUUUAGUAAGUGAACGUUCUUCUGCGUGUCUUUCAUCUUGCAUGUCUCCUUCAAAAAAGGAUAUUUUUAAUAGAAUAAAUGUUAUAAACAAUACUUAUAUAGGUAGUUUUGGAGAAAAUUGGAGAGAAUUACUCCAAAAAAGAAUAAUGCAAAAUGGAAAAUGGGUCAUAAUAGUAAUUGGAAUUAUGAAUGAGCUAUUAAAAAAUAGUUUAUAUCCAGAAAAAUACAACACAAUUCUUAAAGAAUUUAAUGUUCCUGAUAUAAAAGAAUCAUACUACACAAUAUACUAUAAUCUCAACUGUGACAAUAAACUUAGGAUUUUAGAAAUCUUAAUCGAACUAUGUUAUAAUACACCAAUGACACGAAAUUAUAUUGAAGAAUGUGCAGAAUCUAUAAUACAAGCAAAAAAAGAUAAACAGGAAUUAGUUAAAACAAGGAAACAAUAUUUGGAAAAAAUACGAGAAAUUAGAGAAGAGAUGCGGAAACUUUUUCCAGGUGGCAUUCCACGUUCAGAACAAUCAUCACCAUUAGAAGAACAAAUAGAUGAAGAAAUUGAAGAAGAAGAAGAAGAAAUGAAUGAUAACUUCCAAGGAGAUGACCAAUCUAUUGCAUAUACAGAAGAUAGUAUAGCAACGACAAUUAAAACAAGAUCAAGAUCAGGAGCAAACAAACGCCGAAAAACUUUUGAAGAACCUAAAACAAAACCACAGCCACUUGAUCCUAAAUCCUUAAAACAACAUGAAAAAUUGUCCCAAGAAAUAAAAAAAAUAAAACGACAAAUUCAAAAAGUAGAAGAAGAUAUGCUUAUUAGUGAUAUGAAUAUUCGUGAAGCAGAUGCUCAACGUGUUAGAGUACUUGGAUAUGAUAGAUUUUGGAAUAAAUAUUGGUGGUUAGAAAAUAAUGGAAUGCCAUAUUAUGGCAUGCCUGAUUCAAGUACUAGUUAUGCAGGAUAUGCUACUGGUAGAAUUUGGAUUCAAGGCCCUAGUCCAGAUAUAAUUGAGAAAUUCAGACAAGAUAAAGUUUUAGAACGAAAACAAAUUGAAGAAGGAGAAACACCUUUAGCAUCAUUUAACGAUUGGGGUUAUAUAGAUACACCGAAAAAAAUAGAAGAACUAUUAAAUUGGCUUAAUCCAAAAGGAAUCAGAGAAUUUAAACUUAAAAAUGUCAUUCGAGCACGUAUUAAUUUUAUCUAUCAAGCAAUGGAUGCGCGUCAAAAAUAUCUUUCUGGCGAGCUUACUGAAGCAAAACGAUCAACCAGAGCUACAUUAGGUGUAGAUUUUGAGCGAGAGAGAUUUUUAAACUGGAUUAAUUCAAAAGCAAUUGAACAAUUUGGGUGUGGUCAUUCACAUCUCCAAGUAAAAAAAGACCGUAUUCCAGCUAAAAGAAAAUAA